GAGCAGCAACAUGACAUUCCUCAUCGCUCUCUUCGCCCUUGCGGCUGUAGCUUCGGCCACCGAGCAAGCUCCGAUUGCAAUUGUCCGUCAGUCAACUGACGUCCAGGCAGACGGUCACUACCAGUGGACUUUCGAAACUGAAAAUGGGAUUUCGGCGAGCGAACAAGGCGAGCCCCGCAUCCAGGGCGAGGAGAGCCCAGCUGUCGCCGCUCAAGGUCAAUUCGCGUACACCGCUCCCGAUGGCACUCCCAUCCAGCUAACUUACGUCGCCGACGAGAAUGGUUUUCAACCCCAGGGUGCCCAUCUCCCAGUCGCUCCACCUGUACCCAAAGCCAUCGUCAAAGCCAUUGAAUACAAUCUCGCUCACCCCGAACAGAACAAAGAGUAAAUUUCAUUUCUGAUGUGAAACUCAGCGAGAUGUUUAUUUGCCUGCCUGGCAGCUGUGCGAUUGGCGCGCGGAUGGACGCUUUCUUUUGCAUCGCCUCACCACGGUUAUGGUAUUG